AUGUCUGUAUAUAGUGGUUUUAGUACUCGUGCUCUUGAAAGUGAAUACAAUCAAUGCCUCCUUCAAUUGAUUACAAUCUUAGCUAAGAGAUGUGCUCUGGCUCUUUCUAUUCAAUAAUUGUAGGAUGAUACAAAAUUUGCAGGAAAUUUUGGAAAGUUAUAUGGUCAAAUAAAGAAAUUGGAAGAAUAUAAAUAUGCUCCUCCGAAAUAUUCAGUUGCAUUAAAAUAACUAAGUGAAUAGAUUGGCAUAAUACAGUUCAAAUAAACUCUAGUUCCUUAAUAAUGCAAAAGGAAAUUCACAUUAUAAAGUGCAAAUCAUUAAUAAAUGAAUUUAUAAAAUGUUACUCCAUCAAAAAGAUAAACAAAAACAAGUUAUCUAAGAUCUAAUAGAUUAAAAACUGAGGAUUCCGCAUAUAGUAGAGCAAUAGAGAAGAGUUUGAGGUAUAGAGAAUUAGAGUUUUUAUGUUAAUUUGAUUGA